GAGACCACUCUCUCUCUGAAAAUACUGCAUAUAAAUUUCUUCUUCUCCAAGAUCCUUCGCCAUUUUUUAGUCUUUUGGUAUCUCGUUCUUCAAUUCAUUUCUCGUCGAAUAUCGAUCAUUUUAUAGUCCAGAGGAAUAAGCAACUAAGCAAGCGCCUCCAUUAUCGAAAGCUUAAUUGGGCGGGGUUGUAAGAGAUAUGACCAUAGUUCUCUCUGGGAGGGGGGAAAGUAUCAACAAUGGCUUCCAGAGCACUUCUCAGAAGGAAAAGGUUCCUUUUCGAUUGCCUCAACACACCCUCUCGCUCGAUUCAAGGUCUGUCGAGUUUUGGGCAUGGUCGAACAGCUCAGUAUCUGGAUUCACGGAUUUCGACGUGGGAGUCUCACCAUCCUUCCGCAGAGUUUGACCGUAGAAGGGAGGAGAAUGUUGGUUCAGUGGCCAAAGAAGAAUUAAUUAACUUUUCAGCAGCUGGAUUCGUUAAGAAGAGUUCUUUUGGAUUUCCGAUAUCGGGGUGGGGAAAUGGAAGAUCGGAGUUUACAUCCACAUUGGCAGUUAGGUGGAUGUCGCAAUCUAUUAGGAAUGCAUCCACAGCCACAGCCGGACAACCCGAAUUCAGCACUGGAGAUGAAGGAAAUGAAGAACAGGUUGCUAAACAGAAAAAGGAGGCAUCCCCUGAGGAAUGUGAUCAAGCUGUUGAAGGUUUGAGCUCAGCAAAGGCUAAAGCAAAAGCUAAGAAGUUGCAAGAAUCCCAAAAGAGUGCGAAGUCCAUACUACAGAGAGUCUGCGCUACUCUGUUGGGGAUUGGUCCUGCAUUGAGGGCUAUUGCUUCUAUGAGCAGGGAGGACUGGGCCAAGAAGCUUCGUUAUUGGAAAGAUGAAUUUAAGGCAACUAUGCAACAUUAUUGGUUGGGUACCAAACUACUCUGGGUUGAUAUUAGGAUCAGUUCUAGAUUACUCCUAAAACUUGCCAGUGGGAAGAGUCUCUCUAGGAGGGAGAGGCAACAAUUGACACGUACUACAGCCGACAUUUUCAGGCUAGUUCCUUUUGCAGUUUUUGUGAUAGUUCCAUUUAUGGAAUUCUUACUGCCGGUAUUCCUGAAAUUAUUCCCCAACAUGUUGCCAUCUACUUUCCAGGACAAGAUGAAAGAACAGGAAUCACUGAAAAGGAGACUUAAUGCAAGAAUAGAGUAUGCAAAGUUUCUUCAAGACACAGUCAAAGAAAUGGCAAAGGAAGUCCAAAACUCGCGAAGUGGAGAAAUUAAGAAGACAGCUGAAGAUCUUGAUGAAUUUUUAAGCAAGGUUAGGACUGGUGGUCGUGUUUCUAAUGAGGAAAUUUUGGGUUUUGCGAAGUUGUUUAAUGAUGAGCUUACACUGGACAAUAUCAGCAGGCCCCGCCUAGUAAAUAUGUGCAAAUAUAUGGGAAUCAGCCCUUAUGGAACAGACACAUACUUACGCUACAUGCUUCGUAAGAGACUCCAAUGGAUUAAGAAUGAUGAUAAAAUGAUUCAAGCAGAAGGUAUUGAGUCCCUUUCAGAAGCUGAACUUCGUCAAGCUUGUAGGGAUCGAGGCCUACUUGGAUUGCUAUCCAUUGAAGAAAUGCGUCAACAGCUCCGUGAUUGGUUGGAUUUGUCUCUGAACCACUCUGUGCCAUCUUCUCUUUUGAUCCUUUCCAGAGCCUUCACUGUCUCUGGAAAGAUAAGGCCAGAGGAGGCUGUUCAAGCGACACUUUCCUCUUUGCCAGACGAGGUUGUGGAUACUGUUGGUGUCACUGCUUUGCCAUCUGAGGAUUCUGUUUCUGAGAGGAGGAGGAAAUUGGAGUUCCUAGAAAUGCAAGAAGAACUUAUAAAGGAGGAAGAAGAGAAAGAGGAAGAAGAGCAAGCUAGGAAGAAGGAAUAUGUAAUUAGUCAGGAAGAUAUUGCUUUGAAAGAGAUGACUGUUCCAACAGCACAGGAAGCACGAGAACAAGCUAGAGAUCGAGCAUUGGAGAAGCAAGGGCAGCUCUGUGAGCUUAGCCGUGCAUUGGCUGUACUAGCUUCUGCAUCUUCAGUUAGCAGGGAGCGUGAAGAAUUUUUGAGGAUGGUCAAUAAGGAGAUAGAACUAUAUAAUAGCAUGGUGGAGAAAGAGGGCACAGAUGGAGAAGAAGAGGCUAAAAGGGCAUACCAAGCUGCCAGGGAGGAUAGUGACCAUGCUGCUGAAAGGGCUGCUGGUGACAAGAUUUCUUCAGCUCUUAUAGACAGGGUUGAUGCCAUGCUUCAAAAGCUUGAGAAGGAAAUUGAUGAUGUUGAUGCUAAAAUUGGUGACCGUUGGCGACUACUUGACAGGGAUUCUGAUGGGAAAGUCACUCCAGAAGAGGUGGCUGCUGCAGCUAUAUACCUCAAAGACACCUUAGGCAAGGAUGGCAUCCAAGAGCUUAUAAGCAACCUUUCAAAAGAUAGAGAAGGAAGAAUUCUUGUUGAGGACAUUGUCAGAUUGGGUAGUCGAGCAGAGGAUUCCAAUACAGCUGAAGCAGGAAGAAUUUAGAUGUUAAUAGUAUUCCAAACUGCAUAUUCUUUGUUUUUGACUCGGUUUCUUUGAAGGUAUGUCUUCACAUUUUACCUGGCUGGGAUCAAGAAGGUAUUAAAGCCGUGUACCUCAGACAUGCUGAUUAGCACUCAGGGUACUGUGCAAUCAGAUAGAUGAUAAAAAAGACCUGAUUCUUUGUUGCAGUAGAUUAAAAGGAUGCAUUUCUUGCUGCUCUAAAUUUACUGCAAGAGAAAGAACAAUCAAAUAUACUAUAAGAAAUAACAAUGCUCAGAGUUGUAUUGUUGUUCUGAUACUUGACAAGUAGAAAUAAAUAUAUUUUUACAAGUUUAUUUAUCCCUCAAUGCAGAGGGAAUGAGGAAA